GAGGUUCCUCGUGGUGCGGAGCUGGCCGACAUCAAGAGGGCGUACAGGGCCUUGGCAGUGCGGCACCACCCGGACAAGGGCGGGGACCCCGAGAAGUUCAAGGAGCUCACGCUCGCGUUCGAGGCGCUCAGCGACAUGGCCGGGCGGAGCGGGAGCGCCAGCUGCAGCCGCCGGGGCAGCGGCGCCGGCUCCGUCGCCAGCUUCGGGCAGCCUCCGGACUGCGAGGGCCCGCUCGAACGCGAGUGCGCGAUGCUGCGCCGCGAGUGCGCGGGGCUGGACGCGGAGCUGCGACGCACCCAGGC